AUUCCCUAAUUGGGUUUCGGCCAUUCUCAUUUCUUUGUUCAUUGAUUCAGGUUCAAUCAACGAGACUCGGUCUGAUCAUUUCCAGAUUCUCUUCCGCCUUUUUGAAUUUCGCUGCGAUCGAUUGCGGCAGUCCCAACCCUCAACCGGUUCGAUUCGAAUCGUAGUGACACGUUUGGUAACCUAUGGCCAUAAACCCUAAAAACCUUACGACUUGUGGAGUAGUUUAACAUGAGCAUCAAUUGCUUUAAAGAAGAUGAAGCUUUCCGUUGAGCUUCUUGCCUUUUCUUCACUCCUCAAGCGAUGGUACUCUUCUUUCGCACUCUUUUCCACAUUAGUCGCAGAGCUUCUUACCGAGUAAUCUCUUUAUCUUCUAAUUCUUCGCAUCCGGAUUGCCUUUCUUUCAAUGUAUUUAAUUCCUUAUCAUCCUUAACAUCAAUAAAUGCUUGUUGCAUUUCUCGUCCUUUUUUCUGGUUCACUAGCUUUCUUUGUAUAUUUCGGCUCCCUUUUGUUAGUUGCUCGAAUGCAAAAAAUUCAUUUGAAUUUUUGGACAUUGGUUCCCUUCGUAUAAUCAUACGACAAGACCUCUGGAACGAUCCUAAGAUUGUUAUUUUAUUUGAUUCAGCACUAGCGCCCAUCUGGGUCUCUAAGGUUUUAGUUGAACUGAAAGAAGAUCCGAAAUUAGCUCUUAAGUUCUUCAAAUGGGCUGGAAGCCAUAUUGGUUUCCACCAUACUACCGAGUCUUACUGCAUUGUAGUUCACAUGCUGUUUCGUGCGAGAAUGUAUACAAAUGCCCACGAUAUUGUUAAAGAAAUGAUUGUGAAGAGCCGCAUCGACGUAGGUUUUCCAGUUUGUAAUAUAUUUGAUGUUUUAUGGUCGACUAGGAAUAUUUGUAUGUCAGGGCCAGGAGUCUUUGACGUUUUAUUUAGUGUUUUGGUAGAUUUGGGUAUGCUUGAGGAAGCUAAUGAAUGUUUCUCUAGGAUGAGGAACUUUAGGACUUUUCCCAAAGCACGUUCUUGCAAUUUUCUUUUGCAUAGAUUAUCAAAGUCAGGCAAUGGACAGUUGGUGAGGAAGUUUUUCAAGGACAUGAUUGGGGCUGGGAUUGCACCUUCAGUUUUUACCUACAAUGUAAUGAUAGACUACUUGUGCAAAGAAGGGGAUUUGGAAAACGCUAGACGUUUGUUUGUUCAAAUGAGGCACAUGGGCUUUUCUCCAGAUGUUGUCACAUAUAAUUCUUUGAUUGAUGGCUAUGGCAAGGUUGGUUUAUUAGAAGAAGCUGUGUAUUUAUUUAAUGAAAUGAAGGAUGUAGGUUGUGUUCCUGAUGUAAUUACCUAUAAUGGGUUAAUCAAUUGUUUUUGCAAGUUUGAGAAGAUGCCUCGAGCUUUUCAUUAUCUCUCUGAGAUGAAGAACAAUGGGUUAAAACCAAAUGUUGUAACCUAUAGCACAUUGAUUGAUGCUUUUUGCAAGGAGGGAAUGAUGCAAGGUGCCAUCAAACUUUUUUUUGAUAUGAGAAGGGUUGGUCUUUUACCUAAUGAAUUCACUUACACUUCUCUGAUUGAUGCCAAUUGUAAGGCAGGUAAUUUAACAGAAGCAUGGAAGUUGUCCAACGAUAUGUUGCAAGCAGGAGUUAAUUUAAAUAUAGUCACUUAUACAGCCCUAAUGGAUGGCCUUUGUGAAUAUGGAAGAAUGAUGGAAGCAGAAGAAGUGUUUAGGUCAAUGCUGAAAGAUGGAAUAUCUCCCAACCAGCAGGUUUACACUGCAUUGGUUCAUGGCUAUAUUAAGGCGGAAAGAAUGGAGGAUGCAAUAGAAAUAUUGAAGCAAAUGACAGAAUAUAACAUCAAACCAGAUUUAAUACUCUAUGGCACCAUUAUUUGGGGUCUCUGUAGUCAAAGCAAACUUGAAGAAACUAAACUUAUUAUUAAAGAAAUGAAAAGUCGGGGUAUUAGUGCAAAUCCUGUUAUAUACACAACAAUUAUCGAUGCUUAUUUUAAGGCUGGAAAAAGCUCUGAUGCAAUAAAUCUUCUUCAGGAGAUGCAGGAUGCAGGUGUUGAGGCUACUGUUGUAACCUACUGUGUACUAAUUGAUGGUUUGUGCAAAACAGGUCUGGUUGAACUGGCAGUUGAUUAUUUUGGUAGAAUGUCCAAUCUUGGUUUACAACCUAAUGUUGCUGUGUAUACGGCCCUCAUUGAUGGUCUUUGUAAAACUAAUUGCAUUGAAUCUGCCAAAAAGUUGUUUGAUGAAAUGCAAUGUAGGGGUAUGACCCCGGAUAUAACAGCUUUCACUGCUCUAGUUGAUGGAAAUUUGAAGCUUGGAAAUCUUCAGGAAGCUUUGGAUUUGAUUAGCAGAAUGACAGAAUUAGCUACCGAGUUUGAUUUGCAUGCUUAUACUUCCUUGGUUUCGGGAUUUUCUCAAUGUGGUGAGCUGCAUCAAGCGAGGAAGUAUUUUAAUGAGAUGAUUGAGAAGGGCAUACUUCCCGAGGAGAUUUUAUGUAUAUGUCUACUGAGAGAGUAUUACAAGCUUGGAAAGCUGGAUGAAGCCAUUGAAAUGAAGAAUGAAAUGCAAAGGAGGGGUUUAAUUACUGAAAAGUGCAGCCAUGCAGUUACCAGUCUAAAAACUUGAAAGGGAGAUCCAAUCUGAUCAUCUUUGUUGUCUGGAAGCCGAGCUUGUACUUUAAUUGAAAGCACAUGUGGUAUUUAUUCAGAAUUCAUUGUUAUGACGACCCAAGAAACCCACCUUUCAAAUGCAUUCCAUGUUUGACGAGAAGAACUUGCAGGCCAUGUGUGAUGUAUCUGAUGUUGAUUUUGGAAGCUAGAUAAGAUACAGGUUUCUAGUCUCUAAAUGAUGAUACCUGCAGGAAAAUCCCAUCAUGUCAUGCGUUUCUGUGAUCAUCAAUCUUCUAUAAAUGUCUAAGGAUUCCAGUGGUACGAUAUUUUGAUUUCCAUGGAAUCAUUCUAGUGAAAAUUCCUAUCUGUUAUUCUUGCGGAUGGAAGCAUAUUCAUUCAAGUUUGAAGCUCUGCAUCACUCAUAAUGAGCAAGACAGUUUUUUACAGCAUUAUGAAUGUGGUGAAAGGAAAGCUACUUGACUUAUCACUUAAGAAGGUUAUAGGCUUAUAGCAUCGGUUAGGCAUUUCAAAGGUGGUUCCCCAUUUCAAUUUGUUGAGUGAACUGGUUAUCAGUACAAGCUUCACUUCUAUGCAGUGAUGUUUGGCACAUCCAUCCAUUUAAGUUGAAUAGAAGCAACAACUUAGAUGUGCCUCAUUACCAUAGUAAUACUUGACUUAACAAUGACUUGCAAAAGCUUCAGAGUUUGGUUCCCAUUUCAUGUCUGUUUGUUAUCCAUCGUCAGGAGCCGUAGUGUAGGGAACAAAAUUCGGUAUGGAUGCCCAAGAGCAGAGCUUAGGUGGUUGGUUUGGGAGAGAGCUUAUUUUGGCACAUCAAUUGUAGAAGGAAGCAUUCAUGUUGAUGGCUGCCAUAUCGGCACACGUUGGGAGUUUCAAGUGUUGUAUGAUUCUGACUUGUUUGGCUCCUAAUAUAUAAAUGUAAGUCCCAAAUUUCAAGAGUUCUGGAAGGAAGAAGCUGCUAGCUGCACAAUAAUUUGUUGUAGCCUUGCAGAAUGAAGCCUAGAAAGGUUAGGUGAUAUGUACUGAUUCUCCAUGUUAAAAAAUCUCCACAUGAUUUUAAGAAAAAAGCAGAAGAGAAAGAGUAGAGACAUAAAGAAUAGUGUUGUUAUUGGUAAAAAACUGUAAACAAGAAACAGGAAGGUUCCAACUUUAAUAAUACUCUUUUACAUAGUGUCGUUUAUCGGUUGCAUAAAACACUGAACCAAAAAACUUCAAUUUUAGAAAUUGUGGGUGUAUAUGUUAACCGUUGAUAUGUUUUGAUCUUGCGAACUAUCUAAUGUAGUACAUGUUUUGACGGGA